GGCGUCCGGUCAGCUCGGUGUCUCCUGGCCGGUAUCGAGGGCGACCAGGAAACAAACCGGAUGAAUAAUACCGGCCGUGUCGGCGGUCACAUGUCGUGCAGCGGGCUCCUGAAUGAUUUAAAGCUUUUUACAUCAUCAGCCUCACCCUCCCACCUCCUCCUCCUCCUCCUCCUCCUCCUCCUCUCCUCCUCCCCCCCGCACUGGCUCCCGCUGAUGCACCGCGCAGCCCGGAGAUGCUGCUGCUGAUGCUGGUGACCGACUGCAGCAUCCGACAUGGGCAUCCUUUAAUCCGGCCACAGUGAUCGUCAGCAAGGGGCCAGCUUGCAAAUAUCGUUGGAGCUCGACGGGCCCUGUCAGCAGCUCAACAGAUAACUUUCUCUCUCGCCAUGUGGAGAACAACUAAGAUGGCAUUCCAGUAAACCAGGACGAGAGAAUCGAGGCAAGACGCAGCAAGACAAAGUCCGAUCUUUUGAAUCUUCCAUCAUCCGGAUAACUGAACUCUUCUUACACAGUGCUGUGCGUGAUUGCUUUCACAAGAAAACAGUAAAAACUCCAAGAGAAAAGCAUCAAAGAGAGAACUGUGAAUAUCUUCCCUUGGACUGUGACCUUUGACCUUUCGGGCCCCUCAGUAUGAGCAGUCUGGUAGGGAAGCUGGACCCUCGGAGGGUACAAUGGGCCUCGGCAUGGAACACCUUUGCGUCCCGCGUCCUGAGGACCAAACCUGUGGAGUCCAUGUUGGAUUCGGCCAUGACGGGCACCAGUUCACAUGGAACCAGGCUGGCUCGGGUGUUAUCCACAGUGGACCUGGUGUCGCUGGGUGUGGGCAGCUGCGUCGGGACAGGGAUGUAUGUCGUCUCGGGGCUGGUCGCCAAGGAGAUGGCUGGUCCGGGGGUGAUUGUGUCCUUCAUUAUUGCUGCUGUGGCCUCCAUACUGUCAGGAGUGUGUUAUGCAGAGUUUGGCGUGCGCGUGCCUAAGACCACAGGCUCAGCCUACACAUACAGCUACGUGACCGUGGGCGAGUGUGUGGCGUUUUUCAUCGGCUGGAACUUAAUCCUGGAGUAUCUGAUCGGGACGGCGGCGGGCGCGUCGGCUCUCAGCAGCAUGGCGGACUCGCUGGCCAAUCACAGCAUCAGCAACUUUAUGAUUUCGCACAUCGGGACGCUCAACGGCUUGGGUAAAGGGGAGCAGUCGUACCCAGACCUGUUGGCGCUGCUGAUAGCGCUGCUGGUGACGGUGAUAGUCGCUUUGGGAGUGAAGAACUCUGUCGGCUUCAACAACGUGCUGAACGUCAUCAACCUCGUAGUGUGGGUGUUCAUGAUGAUCGCCGGGCUUUUCUUCGUCAACGGGGAGAACUGGGACGAGGGGAGGUUCCUGCCCUUCGGCUGGUCAGGGGUGAUGCAGGGAGCAGCCACCUGUUUCUACGCCUUUAUUGGAUUUGACAUCAUCGCUACAACCGGAGAAGAGGCCAAGAGUCCCAACACCUCGAUCCCCUAUGCCAUCACGGCCUCACUCAUCACCUGCCUCACCGCCUACGUCUCUGUUUCUGUGAUCCUGACCCUGAUGGUACCGUACAAUGAGAUCGACGCAGACGCCCCGCUCAUGGAGAUGUUCGCCGUGCAUGGCUGUAUGUUCGCAAAGUAUAUUGUGGCGGUGGGGUCCAUAGCUGGGCUCACCGUUUCCCUCCUGGGAUCACUGUUCCCCAUGCCCAGGGUCAUCUAUGCCAUGGCGGGGGACGGCCUCCUGUUUAAGUUCCUGGCCAAUGUGUCUUCCUACACAGAGACCCCCGCUGUUGCUUGUGUGGUGUCAGGCUUUCUGGCUGCCCUGCUGUCCCUCCUGGUCAGCCUCAGAGACCUCAUAGAGAUGAUGUCCAUAGGAACCCUGCUGGCCUAUACCCUGGUGAGCCUGUGCGUCCUCCUGUUGCGUUACCAACCCGAAGGCGAGAUCCACGGCUUUGUGAACUUCCUCUCUGAGGAGCAGAGCAACAAGAGGAAGGAAGGCGUUCUGGCCGAGUGUGAGAAAGACGCCUGUUCACCCACCAGUGAAGUGGAUGAGUACGGAGGUCCGGCCACUAACACCUGCGGAGCCAAAAACCUGCCGUCGCUGGGCGACAACGAGAUGCUGAUAGGCAAACCGGAUAAAAACGCCUACACUGCCAGUCACCCAAACUACGGCACAGUGGAUAUGACCACCGGCAUCGAAGCAGAAGAGUCGGAGGGUGGGAUGUCCCGGCGGUUGAAGAAGCUCAUCGGACCACGAUACUACACGUUGAGGAUCCGAUUGGGUCUCCCGGGAAAGAUGGACAGGCCAACUCCGACCACGGGGAAAACUGUCACCGUGUGCGUGCUGCUUCUUUUCAUCAUCAUCUUCGCUUUCUGCUCCUUCAUCAUCUUCGGAUCGAGCAGUAUCGGGGAGGGUCGCUGGUGGGCUUUGCUGCUAUUAAUCUUCUUCAUCAUCUUCAUUGCCCUGCUCAUCAUCAUCAUCCUCCAGCAGCCAGAGAACCCUAAACGGCUGCCCUACAUGGCACCCUGCGUGCCCUUUGUACCCGCUUCGGCCAUGCUGGUCAACAUCUACCUCAUGCUUAAGCUGUCAGCCAUCACCUGGAUACGAUUUUCAAUCUGGUGCUUUGUGGGUGUGCUCAUCUACUUUGGCUACGGCAUGUGGAACAGUACGCUGGAGAUCACGGCCAGAGAGAAUGAGGUGCACGCCUCCACCUACCAGCGCUACGAUCAAGGCGUGGACGAGGGCUUCUGCGGCUUCGACGACGAUUUCUACCCACCUACCACUGAUACCUGGGGCGCACCAGAGGGGGGAUCGGGGCUCAGCCCGCCCUCCGAGGUGAAACCCGAAAGUGACGGAACGCCAUCGAAAGGUGGAGGCAGGACCAUUGCCAAUCACGGCCUCGCGGAGGAGGAUCCGAUGGAUUUCUGAAGGGACUGACUCUGUGUUACCCUGAAUGUACUGCCUUGUCUGCUGCCUGGGGAGAGGGAAGGGAACAGUAGCGUGAGUGAUUGUGGGUGUGUGUGCGUGUGUGUGUGUGUGUGUGUGCAUGCCUGCAUGUGUGUAUUUGUUUGUGUGUCUAACCCUUGGGCUAGAUAGUUUCUAACCUUUUAUUCACCUUACUCCAACAUCAGGCUGGGCUCCUCAGCCCACACAAGUGGGCGUCAAGGUCAUGAGUUUUGUCACAGUCACUUGUUAUUCACUUACUGGAGUUCACAUCCCACACAAAAGAAAAGAUAGAAAAGUGUGAACGUAGCAAGAGAUAAAACACAGCGCGUCUCCCUUUGCUGUGAGCCACGGCACAUUCUGUACCGAGCUAUGUGGGGUGUUAAUGUGUCAGAAUUUACGGGAUACAGGAGAGGACAGGGAGAUGAGUGAGAGACAGAUGAAUCAGCACCUCUCUUCCUGUUUUAACAUAGACUGACAGGAAAGUUAGAUGACAGCAUGCCAAGCCCGAGCUAUUUCCUACAUACAGUUCUGAUUUUCUCAGCUCGUUUUUUAUGAGAGGGAAAACGGCUACACAAAAAAAACACCCCAAAAACUUUCUUAAAAAUCCCCAAAAAACUGCUUUCUGUCCGUCUUCAAAUAUUCCUCCUCUGACCCCUUUAACAUCUAGCCCAAGGGAUUUAGAACAGGAUUGGGAAAGAGGGUGUUGUUGAUGUUUUCUGUGACAGAUAGUACUUGGACUUUGCUUGCAAUAGUGCCUUCAUCUACUGUAUGUGUAUGUGAGUUAUUACUGACUACGUCUGUUUUCUACUUUAAUUUUGCCUGUGUGUGUCUGAGGGUGUACGUGCAAUCAAACUUACCUUUUACAUUGAUUCUCAUGUCUGUGUAUGUAGAUAUAAAGUGUGUUCUUCUGGUUGUUUUACUGUGUGUACGCGUGCGUGCGUGUGUGUGUGUGUGUGUGUGCACGUGUAGGUAUUUGUUUCGUUUUGUUCUUCCCUACUCCUUGCCCCAGCAUGAAGCUCGAAAAAUCGAUCCACCGGUAAACAAAAGCAGCUCAUGGUGCAAUAUAACACAUGCUUGUCAGCUCAUUGGUGUACCUAACAAGAGGAGAGAGUGACCGAGAGAGAGAGAGACAGAGAACACGUUGAAUUCUCAUUAACGCUUUUUAUUGUGAUCACUGUCCGAUUUUCUGUUCAGUCUUUUAUGUCUGCUUGUCUUUCCGUCGAUGCAGAUCUCGCUGUUUACCCGAGUUGAGGAGGGAUACGUUUUCAGUUCAUUCGAUUCGGGAAAUGGAUUCGCGUCAUAUCUUUUCACAGAAUUAGGGAGCGUAUAAAGAUACAAUUGAUUUUUUUCUCUUUACAGCAGGUAGGGUAGUUUGAUCUUAUUGGGGGAGACUUUUAUUUAUUUCUCGACCCAGAUUUAUGUUUUAUUUUCCUAAGGAGAAAAGGUUUACAGUACUCCAUCCAGCCUGUUUUAGGUAGCAAUGAUGAAUCAAGUUCUACCAAUACUGUUCGAGAUAUUGGGAAGGGAGGGGAAAGGAAACACUAGAAGAAGGAUUGUGUUGUAAAUCAGAGUUUUAGUUUUACAUUAAGUGAACUGAAAUCUAAUCCCUCCUCGUCCAUCUCUCUCUCUUUCUUCUCCACAUUUUCUUUCCACUCUCUACUUCCACCGCUCAUUUGCUCUUCCAGCCCAACUCUUCCUUCCAUCUUUUUGCCGCCUCACACAGCUCUUUGAUAUUCAUCAUGCCUUGUGAGCAUGGGGGAGUUGCCACUCUCACGAGCGAUAGAGCCAGGAUUGGUUUUCAGUCAGGAUUUGAAGCAGUCCGUCCGUCCAAUCCGUUCGUGGCCUGACAAUCCAUUAGCUCCUGUUUCACCUCAGGGUGUCUGCUCUCACUCUUCUGACUCUAACGUGUCACCAGAGCAUUUACUCUCCUCCCCACGCUUCUGCUUCAAACCCAAGCUCAAACUGGUGUGAGUGAACCUCCUCUUCAGUUUUGUUUUUUAUGCAUGUAGCUAGUGUCGAAGUCCCACUCUUUACAUGUUACCUACACUGUUGCUGCACCUCGAAAGAGACAUUGUGAAAAUCAAUCAAAUCAAAUUAUGGUCCCGUAGAGUGAGAGUGUGUAGGACUUGCACGCUAAUGCUGCCAAGGUUAGGUGUUUGAUUUCAUACUAAGAAUGUAUGCACUCAUGGCACUGUAAUGGAUUCUGGCAUACACCAAAAAGCAUACCUGUUACGUUAUUAUGUUGAGGGUGGGGGCACUUCUACAAUAGCUGCUGCUGUAUUGCCCCGAUUGUCCUCCUGGUACCUUUUCCUCUUGCCCCCUUGUUGCUGCAUCUGUCCCUUCCAGGGAAGCCUUAUUUGUCUAAUGCACUAAAUCUAAGGAUGCCACGCUAAACCCCCCCACCCUACCUCUGCUCCUCCCGCAUCUAUCCGCACUCCAAAAAAAAAAAGAAAAAGAAAAAAAAGUUUCCUUUAUUUAGUAAUGGAUCUUUUAUUGUCGUCCAGUGAAAUUAGUCUGAUACCCAUCACGAAAAACAGCCCCACAUCCCGAGAAAUUACGCUCAUAUUGGACUAUUCUGCAGGUUGCCAGUGCAGCGGGUGGUGUAUUGUAGUUUUUGUAGUGCAGGGAAGUCCAACCAAUGAGGUCAUGGCUUUUCUGGAAAUUUGGGUGAUAUAAUGACCUUUUACAUUGCGCAAAGUGUGUAUUUUACAAGCUGAGUCCAGUAUUUCUAAAUUUAGUCUACUAAAGUUUUACUAUUUAUAUCCCAACAAAAAAAAAAAAAAAUAUUCAGUAUUUUCCCACCAAAAGUGUACCUCCUUACUUUCUUUUUGAGGUUUUGGGGGACUUUUGGUAUUUUUAAAAUCAGUUUUGUUACCUUUUUAUUAAAACCAUAAUUGUGAUCUUUUCCCAAGUCAGCCAACUCGCAUGGAGGACGGGAUUAUAAGGCUCUGACCUCCUAAUUCUCCAUAGGUUAACUACUAAACUACUAAACAGUGCACAGCAGGGAGAUGGGAGUGAUGAUGACACCAUUGAAAAUUGUUGCCAUUGAACGUAAUCUGUGGUUUUUGCAGAAUUGUCCAAUAUCAAGGUUCUGUCUGGUGAUAGGGAUGGAAAAAAAAAAAACCCAGCACAUUCUGAAACAUUUGCACACAAAACUAUUACUAUUCAGCCAGAAUACCUUCCCCAUUCAGAUCACCUCCAAGCUCAGCCAAAAAAAAAAAAAUCCAACUGCUUUGCAUUCAUAGCUCAGCCAAAACAAGACGGUGAAUUCAGGCGUCGCCAUGCCUCCGACACUGGACUGUACAGUCGACUUAUUAUAUUAUCUGCUCUGUGCGUAUGCAUACGAAUGUGUGAGUGCAUGUACAAUACGUGUGUGUGCGUGUGCGUGCGUGUGUGUGUGUGUGUGGUCUACGCCUGCGCCUCAAUGUGACCGUCUGGUGAAUGUGUAGCAUGCUCUCAUGCACGAGGCCCAGACUGUAAAUGUUGUACUUGCAUGUGGUGACUGAUCGCAACGAGACAUAAUAGAACACUAACCAAAACCCCCAAACGCAGGCUUGGUUCUUAUACCUGGAAAUGUUGUACCCGUUCUAUUUAACAACUCAAUGUCAUGUUUAAAGAAAGAAGAAAUCCAUUCUAUGAGCUAAAAGAAGAUAUUUCUAAACACAUACAGUGAUCUUCUAACCAGGUAUGGGAACCAGGGCUCCGUUUGGAAAGGAAAUAGAACAUGUAGCAAACACGCGGGUGUGGGACGACUCUUCCCCACAUCCUCCCUCAAACACUUACAGAAUGCCUACUACUUCCUGUAUAUCCCUCUUCUCGUCCACAACCUCUGCAAGCCAAAGUCCACGAUGUUCGUUUACUUUUCACAAACAGGAAACUGUAGUUUCUUUAAAGUGAACAAUUUAAAUACAACAGAGCUAAUGGGUUUUUUUUUCUCGGAGGUCUUGCUAAUAAGCUACCAGUGUCCGUUUAUCACGAGAAAAAUCUUUUUUUUUUCUUUCUCAUGGUGACUUUAGUCGAAAGUGCAAUGAUCAUUUUUAGAAUCCUAGUCGCUAAGUAUUUCAUUGAAAGACUGAAAGUAUUAGUCUAGACUCCGUUGACUACAGCAGAUCUGUCUGUCCAAUACGGACAAGACACAGUGGAAAAAGUACAACAUUGAAUGAGGAGCGAAACUAAAAGACGAGUAUUUUUCUACAGCUGUCUCCCAUCCACAGGUCCUCCUGGGGUAGGUGUGCACAACAGAGCCGGGUGGAGUUAUCGGCCUUCCACUUUCUGUGUUUUUGUUUAAUCACAAGGAGGCCUGGGAGAAACUGCUCAAAAAAAAUAAUAUAUUUUUAACAAUCGUAGUCUCUCUAGAACGAUAAAGCUCAUUUAUAAACCUCUAUCCUUUCCUUUGAAGGGAUUCUGAAAUGGUUGCUCUGGACGUCAGUAGGACCGUAGAAGGUUUAAGAGUAGCAGUACUACAGAAAAAAAAAAAAAACAUGCAGAAACUAUUUUAUUACAAUUCUAUAAAGGGUAAACUACAAGCAUCAACAAAUAUUGCCACUAUUGCUUUUAAAGUCAGCGACUAUUUGUUUAUUUUGUCUCGGAGAAGGCGUGCCAUGUUCUUCCUGUGCUCUGUGUUAGCUGUGGCCAAGUGUCCAGUCAGUGUGUGUCGGACUUGUUGAGAUUGGCUUCUCUCGCAAAACAACUAGAUAUUCCUUUUUUUCUCUUCUGUAUAUUUUGGCACAAAGCUGUAUAAUGUAGUUGUUUUUUAUGUUGUUGUUGUUGUUGUUUUUUUUAAUGGUUUCUUCCAUAUGUGUGGUUCUUUUGCUCCUGGGUGCACUGUUUUUGCUGAGUUGUUGAUAUUGCUUCCAUGCAACAAUGAAAGUUAUUUAUUGCAAAUACCAAAAA